CUUCUUCUUCUUUCCCGAGCCGAGAUGACUAAGCGCUUGGCAUCUAUACCGGUGACUUUUGAAGACGUCGUUGUGUACUUUACGACCACCAAGUGGGCGCAACUUACCAACUGGCAGCGGGACUUUUACCAAGCUGUGAUGGUGGAAACUUAUGAGUUGGUGGCGUCGCUGGCAGGCGGUGGGGUCCCAGUGGCCGAAGGCGAGGAGGGAGGAGAGGAGAGGCCGGUUUGGCAGGACAUACCCCAGGGAAAAAGGAGGCGAAAGACCCCGCAGACGCGAGCGGACACGGCAGCGAGGCGGAGUAAAUCUGCAGCGUCCAAGGUGAACCCUGGGUGUCUCCCGCGGAUGAUGUCGAAGGUGAAACUACCAAAGCGCCCUGAGUGUGAUAAGACUUUCCUGCCCUUCUCCCAAGGAGACCCUUUGCCUGCCCCGACUAUAGCAGGACAUUUACGCGGGCCAAAUAUCUCGCCUUCCCUCAGAGGAGCCACCAAUGGGGGCGGCGCUUCCGCACGGAGCGAGACAAUUCCCCAGCUAGCAUGUCUUAAAGGAGCGACAGUGGAGAAACAAGGCAUCGAACCCUCUUCGGUCAACAGCCGUCAGCAGAUUCCAAAGCCUCACUGCAGCAUCGGAUAG